AUGGCAGACCCUGAAGCUAAAGGAGCGAGUUCAAGUACGGGAGCUGUGAGCCCACGACCGGAUUACCGACCUCCUCGGAGAGACAUGAUGAGGUGGUUCCGGAUAGCCCUAUACUCAAUCCUUGUGUUGUGUGGCCAAACAGCAGCAGUGGUGCUUUCAAGAUUGUACUUUGGGAAAGGUGGAAGAAGCAAAUGGAUCUCAACGAUGGUUCAAGCUGUGGGUUUCCCUAUUAUCCUCCCCUAUUACUUCAUCUCACAACGCAAAUCACUUUCAUUUUCUGCUGCUGUGAAAACGAAACCAUCAACGUUGCCGUUGCGGGGUUUUGCGUACGUAUCCCUCGGACUGCUGGCGGCUGGAAAUGCGUAUCUGUACGCAGUUGCCUUCGAAUACCUCCCCGUGUCCACAGUGGCGCUGAUCUCAGCAUCCCAAUUGGCCUUCAACGCUUUCUUCUCUUAUUUCCUCAAUUCCCAGAAAUUCACUCCUUUGAUCAUCAAUUCCCUGUUUCUUCUCACCAUUUCCUCCGUUCUUGAACUUUAUGAACAACAAUAA